AUGGCCCAUGCCGGCAGGGAGCGCCAGCUGCGUGAGCGGCUGAGCCAGGCUCAGGCAGAUGUCGAGCGCUGCACAGCGCUGGUCGCAGCAGCUCGCCGCGACCUGCAGGCAGCCCGGGAACGACAGAAGAGCGUCGAGGCCGAGAUCGAGGAGCUCCAACAGCAGCGCCACGAAUCUGGAGAGGACUGGGUGAAGCAGCAGCCCUGGACCAAAAAGCUGCGGCGGCUUUGUGAGCAGACUUUCGGUGUGACCGCUUUCCGCAGGAACCAGGAGGAGGCUUUGAAUGCCAUCCUCGCUGGCCGGGAUGUGUUUUUGGUGGCACCGACUGGUGCCGGCAAGUCCUUGUGCUUUCAGGCUCCCUCGCUUCUGCGCAGCAAUCUCACCGUUGUGGUGAGCCCCCUGCUUUCGUUGAUGCAGGAUCAGGUCAUGGCGCUCCAGGCCUUGGGGAUCAAAGCGGCCAUGCUCAGCAGUGGCGACUCCCGCGAGGAUCAGACGAAGAUCCGUGCGGAGAUGAAGGCCCUCACAGCCAAGGAUGGAGGAGAUGGACUCCGGAUCCUCUAUUUGACGCCAGAGCGACUGGCAAAGAGCAAGCUUGUUAUGAAUCUCCUUGAGAAAAUCUAUGCCGCAGACCGACUGGGCUUGCUGGCAAUUGACGAGGCGCACUGCAUCUCACAAUGGGGCCACGACUUUCGACAGGAUUACGAGCGCUUGGCCGCUCUACGGGUCCAGUUUCCACAAACUCCAAUACUCGCGCUGACAGCCACAGCUACUCAGACCGUCGCUGGCGACGUGCAGCGCUGCCUGGGCAUGGCGGGUGCCGUAGAGCUCCGCGCGCCGACGGAUCGACCCAACCUGUUCUAUGCCGUGCGUCAUCGGCCGAAGGCCGCAGCGGACGUUCUGGCAAUGGUGCUGUCCACAAUCCAGCUUUUUCCACGAGGUACGCCUGGCCUCGUCUACUGCUUCACACGCAAGGAAGCAGAGCAGUUGCGGCAAGGCUUGGCAGAAGCUGGCGUGCCCUGCGAGUUCUAUCAUGGAGAUCUGGAUGCGUCGGCUCGCCAGAGAGUCCACUCCUCUUGGGUGGAGGGCCGCAUCAGCGUGGUGGUGGCCACCGUGGCCUUCGGCAUGGGUAUCAACAAGAGCGACGUACGGUUCGUGGUCCACGCUGGCUUGCCGGCUUCGCUUCACCAUUACUACCAGGAAGCUGGCCGCGCUGGGAGGGACGGCAAGCCUGCUCUUUGCUUGCUGCUCUACCGCCCUAGCGACGUUCCGCGGCACAGCGUCAUGAACUACUACAAGCCGGCAUCCUUACGAGAGCUCUACAAGGCUGCAAUGUAUUGUCACGGGAGCGAGUGUCGGCGCAUGCAGAUCUCGCGUCACUUUGGCGAGGAGCUGCCACCUUGCGACCGUGGCUGUGACGUUUGCAUGGCCAAGCGCUGUGACAUCAGCGAACCUCCGGCUCGGAAGAAGCCGCGCCUGAUGCCAUCGACCCCACCAGAGGCACUGACAAGCGCUUUGCGUGCUGGUGCAGCAGCACGAGGCCAGGAAGAGCAACUGACACUGGCAAAGCUUUCGGACAAGGUCCAGAAAAGUUGCAAGUGGCGCGGAGAGAUGGCGUCUGAGGCAGUCAUGUACGUGGCACUGUCCCUGCUUGGAGCUGGCUACUUGAGGGAGGAGUUUCGGCACUCCCCAUAUGCGACGAAUGCCUACUUGGUGGCCACCCCGAGCGCUGAUCGCGUGUUGGCCGGCGAGAUGGAUCUCUCUGCAGAAGCUCAGGCGCUGAGCUCUCCACCAGACCUGCUUUUCAGCCCAGUAGAUGCUUGUGGCGCAUCCGCUGCGGCCAAAGAGGCAGUGGCUCUUCGUGCAGGUCCUGGCGGUGCGGGUGCUGGCAUUCGACAGAGCCUGCGGCAACUGCGGGCACUGCUGGGGAAGCAGGCUGGGGUGCCGGGGCAGUUCGUGCUCACGGACGAGGAGAUCGCGGGACUUUCGGAGUUGGAGUUGCCUGGUGGUGUGGAGGAGCUGAGCCCGCUAUCCGCAGUGAAGAUCCUUGGCGGCGUUGCGUUUGUUCUACGGUGGAUCUUGGGUACAGUACCUGGGCCGUAG